AGCAGCUGAGGAAACAUUCGGUCCAGCAGACAGUCCAUCAUGAGGAGUCUGGUGUUUCUGCUUUUGGUGGCUGUGGCCAGCGCUAAGGUCUACCAGCGCUGUGAAUGGGCCCGAGUGCUGAAGGCUAAUGGGAUGGACGGUUACCAUGGCAUCAGCCUGGCGAACUGGGUUUGUCUGAGCAAGUGGGAGUCAGAUUACAAUACCGGAGCCAUCAACAACUACAACAGCGACGGAUCAUUUGACUACGGCAUCUUCCAGAUCAACAGCCGCUAUUGGUGUAACAACGGUCAAACCCCCACAUCGAACGGAUGCAACAUCCGGUGCAGCGAGCUUCUGACCGACGAUGUGAGUGUGGCGAUCAAUUGUGCCAAGCGCGUCGUUAGGGAUCCCAACGGCAUCGGAGCCUGGGUGGCUUGGCGCCGUCACUGCGAGGGCCGUGACCUCAGCUCCUUUGUGGCAGGAUGUGGUGUUUAACCAACGCCAGUGGAACCAGGUCGCUGUAAUCGGCAUAAAAAUCUCCCAUCUUCAGCUGCAGUGGAUUAAAACGUUUCUACUGUAUGUAUGUUUGACCUGACAGAAGUAAAAGCUACAGACAAUUCUUUUCAAAUCAAGACAAUUCAAAUCUUUACUUUCAAUGUGUUUGGUUUAUAACUUUACGUGAUGCAACACAUCUAAUCGGUGAAGAGAAAUGUGGAGAUUUCAGCAUGUAUCUGUUGUUGUGUUUCAUUUUAAAAACCAGAUUAAAAUUUUGAUUUCCGCUAAUGACAAGUGUUAAAUUAACAUGAAUGUUCAAACAAUAAAAAGCUAUUUGAG